CAUUUUCCCCCCUGAAGAAAAAGAAAAUUUGGAUGAUGAGGAUUGUUAUUUAAGCCAUCAAAAAAAAUUACUUACUUCUAUUGGGGUACCAUCAAAAUACGCCCAAAAUGCAAAAAAACUUUUAAAAACCAACAAAGAAAAAAUUCCGUUACUAAACUACCAUCCCUUUAACAACUCUAGUAUUCCACUGCAAUUGUUACAUCCAAUUUUUGAUAUUCAAUUUCAUAUAUUCAUGUCAGAUUUUUAUGAAGAUGGAAAUGACAGAUUAUCUGCAUUCACAUUGUGUUGGAAAACAUACUUUGGAUAUGCUGUAAUCAAAAUGGUUUUUAAUGAUAUGAAGUUAGCACCACAACUUGUAAGUAAUGAAAUAAUUCCAAACACAUUUUAUUCAUUGAUUAUGAUGGAGGAUUUGAAAGUAAGUGGUUACAAGGAUACACUGGAAUCAAGAACAGAGGAACUAAAGGAAAAAAUUAUGGAAGCAGUAGAAAUGAUGCAUUCUCAAAGUUGGAUACAUGGUGACAUGAGAUUAAAAAACAUUAUGUUUAAGCAGGAUAAUAAUAAUGAGUGGAAAGUAAAGUUGAUAAAUUUUGACUGGGUAGGCAAAGAAGGCUAUGCAUCUUACCCACUUAUCAUUAAUAGGAAACUUCCUUGGCAUCAGAAUGUCAAGCAUGGUGGUAAAAUUUUUCAAGAGCAUGAUACACACUUACUUGCAGAAUCUUUUGCAGGGAGAUAUUAA